ACUGCGACCUCUUCGACCGUAGAAGAAGAACAGCAGACUACCGUUAAUGCGACCGUAGAAGAAGAGCAGAACAACAAAUAUGGCGGCGGCCGCAGACAGCAGAGGUUGAGGAGUUUAUGAAGCUGAAGGGUGUUCUGGUUCUGAUGGCGGGCUGCAGGCCGGUGGUGGAGGUGGUCCGUCUGGGUCUCCGGUCCUACCAGGAGGCUCUGCGGCUCCAGCAGGUCUUUGUGAACCGGCACCGGUCCGGUCCGGCUCAUGCCUUGCUGCUGUGUCAGCACCCGCCGGUCUACACCACCGGGAUCCGGAACAAACCGUAUCCAGAACCGCUGCUGGACCGGCUCCGGCCUGGGGCCGACGUGCACCGGACCAACCGGGGAGGACUCAUCACCUUCCACGGACCGGGCCAGCUGGUCUGCUACCCGGUUCUGAACCUGGGCGGCUUCAAGAAGAGCGUCCGCUGGUACGUCGGUCAGCUGGAGGAAACCGUCAUCGAUCUCUGCAGGAGGUUCGGAAUCGAUGCCUCAACGUCUCCUCACACCGGAGUCUGGGUCGGAGAGAACAAGAUCUGUGCCAUCGGGAUCCACUGCGGUCGCUACGUCACAUCUCAUGGUCUGGCUCUGAACUGUAACACCGACCUGUCCUGGUUCCAGCACAUCGUUCCGUGCGGCAUCGAAGGAAAAGGAGUGACGUCGCUGAGCGCCGAGCUGCAGAGAAACGUCACCGUGGAGGAAACCGUCCCUCACCUGCUGGACGCCUUCGCUCACCUGUUCCACUGUGAGCUGACCGAAGCUCCGCAGAGCCUCCAGGACGCUGCAGAGACGUCACCUGGAAGGACUUGAAAUGACUAAACACUGACUUGAAGCCUUUUUCAGACCUCACAUGACCUUCAUUUACAUGAAGACUUCAGAUCAUGGCUUAUUGGAUCUUUGAAUUUAAAUUUAAUUAAUGGAUAAUUUGAGGCUUUAAUUUCGGUUUUCUUCACUUAUUAACAGUUAAAACAAGCCGAGGUCACUGAGGACAUCUAAUGCCUAAAUGAUUUUAUUUUCCUGGAUUUUUAAUGUUCUAUUGACCUUUGUGUGACCAGCUGUUAGAAAAUAUUACCAAGUUUAUUCAUCUAUUUCAUAAAACCAGUGUGUCGGAGAGAACAAGCAUUUCUGGAAAUUACAGACAAAACUCGACCUCUACUUGUAAACAACUUAGAGAUUAACGCACUAAAUUCUGUUCUAAAAUAUACAAGUACAAGAUUUUUAAAAAAUCUACAAAGUAGAGUCUUAAAAAUAUUAAAGUUUUGAGAUAAAAAAAAAUACAUUUUGAGAUUUUAAAAAAAGUCCAAAUUACAUAAUAAAUAUUUGGAAAAUGUUCCAAAAUAAUUCAGAUUGUGUCCUCUGGUUUCUGUGAGCAGGAUGCUGUCAUUAAAAACAAAAAAUGUUGAAAGAACAGAAUAAAUCUAUGGAUUUUCAUCUUUGCAGCAGAACUUGAACUACCCCUGCGUGACGUGCCGUUUAAUUUUAAAAAUUAACGAACCUCAGUUUAAAAUUGGGAUAUUUUCUUUGGAAUCACUUUAUUCUGCAGGUUUUAUUUGAAAAUGUGCCAAAAAUAAAACCGUUCACUCUAACCAGA